CCCGGGCGGCGGGGGCGGGGUGGAGCGAGCUUCACCAGUUGAACUCGCUUCACCAGUUGAACUCGCUGGCUUUGAUCCUCGUGGUUCUCCUGAGGGAAGGGACCGGCGACGACCUGGAAUUCGCGGUUUCCCCAAGCAGAGAGGCCGCUCGGUCCAACGCCCCGGUUCCCUCUUGGGGCGGCCGGGAUUUAGGGGUUCCUCCCCUGGCCGAGCUAAUCGCCCCCCCCCGCCCAUAAAGUGGCAGAAGCGUCCGGGGUGGUUCAAGGUCCUGUCCUGGGACUGUGGAAACUCAGUUAAACCUCUCAAAAGGGAAGCCUGCCACCGGUGUUAAGUAGGAUCCAUGACAAAAGGGUGUUGUUUUUUUUAAAGAAAAAGUCUGGACAAAACUAGGAUUAUUUUACCGUGUCAUAAGUGUUACAUGCUAAAUGCCCAGAGUCGCUGGCCAGCAUAUAAAUGUAAUGCAUUAUUAUUAUAGCAGGGACCAGGAUCAAUGAAAUCUCCUAGUGGUUUAUGAUGCAGAAUAUUCAUUACACUGACUUAGAUGGCUUUAGAUAACAAGCUUUGGUGGUCGGGGGUGAAUGUGGGAUAAGUGAGUUCAAACAACCUCUUGGAAUAGCUGAGAUAAUUCUCUCCUUCCUUCCCCUCCUUUAAAUUAGUGGGGAAAAGUGGCUUGAGAAGAAUUGACAUUAAUUUUUAAAUGACAAAUUAUUAUAAAAAGACUUCCUUGAUUUCUAUAUCAAAUUGUAUUGCAUGACUCCCUUUUUUUUAUGCCAAUGCCAUGGCAAUGUUAAUGUGGCACAAUGAUGGAUUUGAGAUUGCAUUUCUGGAAAACACGCUGCUUUUCCUAAAGAAGGCACAGCUGAAAUGCUCCUUAAAUUUCUGCCUUCUAUUAUGAGUAUUUAUUCCAUUUUUUGUUUGUUUGUUUUGCUUUUUUAAAUAAUGGCAAACUUGAUGACCUGGCACUGUUAUUGGAAAGGUACCAUUGUUGAUUGGACAAUUCUGUUUCACAUGAAGAAGACUGCUAAGCCUGAUUUAUUUACAAAAUAAUAAUAAAGAUGCAAAUAGUCUUGUUCUUGUUUGCCUCAACUUUUGUUUUCCCAUAAUAAUAAGCAGCUAAGGCAUUCUGAGCCUUCCAUCAUAGCCCUGCCAAUAUUUAUGGCACUACUUGAAUUAAUCUAAAGUAAUGGCUGUGAUUUGAUUAAAUAUAAACAGUACUGAAUUCAUUUGGAUUACCUAAAAGUAAAUUAGGAAAGCUUAACUAUUAUUUCUGCUUUUGUAGCAGUAAAUUCCAUUAAAAUCCAUGGGAAUCUGAGGCAGAUACAUAGCAUUGGCCAGUAGAUUAGAAAAUAGCUGUAGCAGAUAACCCUUGAUGGUCAAGAGAUACUGAGCAGCCUCUCAUUAAUUUAUCCUGAAUUCAGACAUAUCUUUUAAAGAACUUGUUUUUGAACACAGUGGUCAAAGAUUAAUCUCCGAAUUGAAUCAUUUCAAUCUUACAUCUAAGAAACACAAAAUACAUUUUCACAUUCUGAAUAAUAAAUUUAUAAAAUUCAUUGUCAUGGUAUAGUUACUAUACUGUACUGUACUGUACUAGAAUGACAACUAGCUCAGAGAGUUUUAGAACAGUUUGUUCUAAGGAAGAUUAUUAGACAAUAAGGUCGUUAUAGAUAUAUCUUCAGGUUCAACACCAUUAUUUCUCUGGGUGUCCUCUGAUGUAAAAUGAGAGCGGGAAAUGCUGAUAAGUUUUCUAGAGCCAGCAGGAGGGGCUGGUUGGUAGUGGGAAGUUGGAUUCGUUGGACUGUUCAUCUGAUUCAGCAGUUACAAUGGCCUGUGAUUUUGAAUCUGAAAACAAGACAGCUCACACACUUUCACUUGUGAAAUGGGGGGUUUGUGCCAAAAUUCUUAUUUCAAAAGAAUCAUGUGUAUGACUAUUCUUAGUGGAAGAUCCUGUAACUCCUUCCCCCAGCUCACCUCCUGAUUUGGGAGCAACCAGUAGCCAAAAUUGCAUUUGGGGAUCCUUUUGUUCAUUUACUCACCAGUUUAUAACCAAUGUGUUGUGGGGGUUGUGGCCCUGGUGUCGUUCUGCUGGAGAAGGAACAAAGAGAAGGCAGAAGCAGCUCUCAGAGCCUUGAAUCACUUAAAAAGCAGCAAGUGCCUCCCACCCAGAUCCAAGUGACCCAUUACAUGAUUUUCAAGCCCUCUGUAGAUACAUCAAUCAUUGCAGUGUGGCUUUCCAGCUUUCUCUGCAUGUGGAGUGACACUGCUCAGUGCUUCAACCUAUUAACACUUGAUUUUUUUAAAAAACUAAGCCUGUGAACUCAGAAGCAAAUCAGGUACAGUCUAAGCUAACUGUACAUAGGACUGCAGUCUUUACUGUCUAAAUAAUGGAUCCAAUAAUAAUAAUUCUGCGGAAAAUAACCUUUUGUUUUCAGAUGGUUCAUGCUUCUGCUGCAGCAGGUAUAGCCCAGAAAAGGGAAAAAAGGGAGUGCCUGUGCAUCUUUAAUUGCUGCCAUAAUAAGCUCUUAAAGCUUGUGAGAAAGCUAACAAGGCUAAGCCACUUUUGAGUUCCCAAGGCGAUCGUGGUAGGUAGGUUGGUCAAUUAUUCUAAGAAAAAUCAUAGGUUGUAAGGAGAGGUUAGGGCCAUUAAGAGAUGCCCCAAAGGUGCUGAUGAUCUCUUUCUACCACAUACAUGGUCCCUUUCGGCCUACUAUUAUAGAAUAUGAUAAUUUUGUGUAAUUAGAGGUGACUGUUCUCCUCAACUCCCAAAUCAAGGUUGCCUCGGUUGUUUAUUGUCCUCUGCAGCACGCUUGUUGCCCGGUCGCUCAGACUUCAUGUGAACAAAUGGCAAAUGCGGAAGUGAGCAUUCCUGUAGGAGAUGUGGUGGUUGUGCCAACUGAAGGAACGGAGGGGGGAAAUCCAGAAGAUACCAAAACCCAGGUCAUAUUACAGCUGCAGCCAGUGCAGCAAGGCAGAAUUUAUCAAGAGGGCUCUGAGACUAAUGCAGCCGUGAUGGCUGUAGAAACACAUACCAUACACAAACUUGAAGAUGGCAUUGAUGCCAGCGCCAUUGAAACCAGUGAGGAAAUUGAGAUUGUCUAUCCCAUUACUUGUGGAGAUAGCAAGGCCAUCUUGCUCUGGAAGAAAUUUGUUUGCCCAGGAAUCAAUGUCAAGUGUGUUAAGUUCAAUGACCAGCUGAUCAGCCCCAAGCACUUUGUUCACCUGGCUGGCAAGUCCACCCUGAAGGACUGGAAGCGAGCCAUCCGCCUAGGAGGAAUCAUGCUGAGAAAGAUGAUGGACUCUGGACAAAUUGACUUCUAUCAGCAUGACAAAGUGUGUACCAACACCUGCAGAAGCACCAAGUUUGACCUCCUGUUCAGCAGUGCCAGGGCCCCAGUACCAGGACAACAAAGCCUGGUACAGACUCCCACUUCUGCUGAUGGAAGCAUCACACAAAUUGCAGUGUCUGAGGAAAGUGUAGAAGAAGGAAUUGAAUGGAAUUCUGCUAUGACAGCAGCAGUCACUAUGGCAACUGAUGAGGGAAUCAAGAAAGACCCAGAGGAGAUUUCAGAGGACAUGCUGAUGUUCUGGAAAGGAAUUGCUGAUGUGGGUUUGAUGGAAGAAGUGGUCUGUAAUAUUCAGAAGGAGAUAGAGGAGGUGCUAAGAGGUGUGCAGCAAAGACUUGCCCAGUCCCCUUUCCAGAUUACCGAUGCUGCUGUCCUAAAUAAUGUCGCUCAUACUUUUGGUCUGAUGGAUACAGUGAAAAGAGUGCUGGAUAACAGGAAGAGUCAAACAGAUCAGGGAGAGGAGCAAUUUCUUAAUACUCUUGCAGCACUAGAUCGCCAACUAGAAGAGCAGAAGAAGCUUGCCAGGAACCCAUCCAUUCAGAAUGUGGUCCUGAUGCCAGUCAGCACUCCAAAGCCUCCCAAAAGGCCCCGGUUGAAACGUCCAGCUUCAGCCACAGUUCUAAGCCCCUCGGCCCCCAUUCAGCAACCUCAGUUCACCGUCAUCUCGCCCAUCACCAUUGCACCCAUGGGACAGCAGUUUUCUGUUAGCAACAUUCCAAUGGCCACGAUCAGCCAGGGCUCUAGCCCAGUGACUGUCCACACAUUGCCCUCGGGCUCCCAGCUUUUCCGCUAUGCCACUGUGGUUUCUUCCUCCAAAACCAGCUCGUCUGAUACAGUGACACUUCACCCAUCCUCAAGCUUGGCCCUGCUGAGCUCGGCAGCGAUGCAGGACAGUGGGGCUCUUGCUAACGUGGCCACUGUGGUGAAUCCUGUGGAACUGGUGGCCAUGGAGUCUGGCCUGACUUCUAGCAUCCAGGCUGUUGAGGGCACUGCAGAGGAUGGACAGACUAUCAUAGAAAUAGACCCGGCACCUGAUCCAGAAGCUGAGACUGAGGAAUCUGGGGGGAAAGCUGUGAUUUUGGGGACAGAAUUGAGGACUGAGGAGAAGGUGGUGGCUGAGGUUGAUGAACAUCAGCAUCAGGUCCAUAAUGUAGAGAUUGUAGUCUUGGAGGACUAGUCAGCAAGCCAUCCUGUCAUGCUGAUUGAUUGUUCAUCUCUAUCUUUUUUAUUUGCUUGACCCCCCUUUUUUUUUUUACAGCCUUUCAGGUAAGUUCGCACAACUGCUGAUGAUAAUUUUUAAAUUGUCACCUUCUCCAGGGAGAAAGAGCAAGCUGUGCUUUCCAGUAGGGAUGAUUGUUUGUUGGAAAAGGGAGAGUCAGAAUUUCACCAGCCUAGUGAAAGGGAAACAAGUCACUGCUGUUAUCACUCUGUGCAGAGCAGGGUUUCUCAAUGUUGGCAACCUUAAGACGUGUGGACUUCAACUUCCAGAAUUCCCCACUGGCUGGGGAAUUCUGGGAGUUGAAGUCUACACGUCUUAAAGUUGCCAACACUGAGAAACCCUGGUGUAGAGUGAUGGCAGUCUGUAGACCCAGGUUUGAAAUGGCACUUCUUAGACUGUUUGUCUCAGAAACAAAGUGAGCCAACUACUGGAAAUAUAACUACUGGAUGAGAAUGACCUUAAGGCAAGAGCUACCUUAUGGAUCUUUAGUUAUUACGCACCACAGGAAGGGAGAUUGUGUGUCACUUACUGACUUUCUUAGCCUUUUGUUUUUUUGACGGGCCGAAAAACAAAGCGCCCUGAUUUGAUCAAUCAAGUCACCAAUUCCACAUCACCCCCCUUCUUUGGAAUGUAUUGUGUUUUUUAAACAUUUAUUUUCCCUAAGCUAUUGGCCUAUUUGCGGCUUCAAAAACGGGAUUCUUGGCUCUUCCUUUUUGUACCUUCUCCGGUGGUUUUUCUUUUCCCUUGGUUGUUACAAGAUUUCUAGGAAUUGCUUACGCUUUAUGCACGUGCAGACAUGUACAGGGAGAAACCAGGAACUAAGCAGACAGAUCAUCCAAUAACUACCUGCCCUCUGAAUACAGAAUUGAUAACCUGGAUGUUUAAGUAUGGGUGGUCUGGUUACACGCUGGGAGAAUUGGGCUCAGCAGGCAGGACACACCUACAAUUUACUCUGCACUCUGGGAAUCCAUACCGUACUGGCUUGUGUGUGUGUGUGUGUGUGUGUGUGUGUAUGUUUGAUGUUCAUACUUUUUUGAAAAAAAAUAUUACAGGAGUCUAGAUGGCAUAUCACUUCAGCAGUGUGACUGUCUGGUCUCCCUUUCCGUCGGGCUGGAUGUUUGUUUGUUUGUUUGUUUUAGUAUCUUCCUUAAGGGAAGAGAAAGGAGUGAAGAAAGGAUUCUCUUCCCCACCUUCCUCCUGGCCAUAACAUAGCGAUUAUGGUCUCGCUCUCCAUAUUUUAAGAAACAAACUUAAAAUGAAGAAUUGGAAGGCUUGAAGAGUAAACCAGUUGAAUUAUUUUAAAACUACAGUAUAAAAAAAAAACAAAACUCCCUACAGGAGUUGGGUAGUGCCAUUUGUUUUGUUUGGGGUUUUUUGCAUUAAAAGUUAAGCAAAACAAAAGGCUAUCAGGACUGCUCAUUAUGUUGACCUGGUCUCCUUUCUCUUCUCCGCUUUAUCAUCCUGGAAGGGCUUCGGUAGCCCGAUGGAGCAGGAAUGGCCAAAGGUUGCCAAUAGGGCGGUUGAGAGAUCAGGAUCCGAAGGGCGUGUGAGAUUAGAACGUGUGCUGACGGGAAAGGCCUGAAACCACAGGCACCCCCUGCUUCUCAGAAGAAUGUUCAUGCAAAGGGAAGCACUGUCUGGCCACAUCCAUCAGCAGUUAUAGAGCCUAUGGCACUGUUCUCCCUGCCAGAAUGAAAAUCAGCAAAGCUGAAGGGAAACAGGCACACCGGGCCCCUGCCCCAAAGCAGGACUGUAGCCUGGCAAUGUGACGAUACAUAAGAUGAGGAUUCUUUUCUUUUUGUGUCAUUAAAAUCAGUCAAAAGCCAGCCGGAAUAUAAUUAGAAUCACUUCCAAAAAAAAAAUGUAAAUAAUAAAGAGAACCAGCAAAGUCAGUCUAUUCUUGGCUGUGUCAAAGCAAAACCAUUUUUCCCCCUUGGAAAGCUGAAACCAGACAGAUACAAGAAAACCAAGGGGGAAAUCCCACCAAAUGUGGAAGUGGAGUCUCUUGACAAGAGGGCGGCACUGGCUUAUCCAUGCCAGUG